AUGAACUUUCAAAACCUGAACUUCGACUACGUGGAGCCACCUCCCUUUCAAGCUACGCGCCAAUACCUCACUCCAGCAACAACUUCCACCUCGACCAGACUGCCAGGCACCUCGACCUACCAUGGCCCAAUAGACGACGCAGAACAUGCUUCACUCGACCAAGCAUCCCUCUCGCCUCAACCAACCCUCACCCCCCACGCCCUUAGCUCAUCUUCGUCCUCACUCUCUCAAUCCUCUUCGGAGAUCUACCGCCCUCAGCGGCUCUACGGACGCCCUCUUGUGCCCUACGCCAUGGCAAACCAGACCGGCCAGCCCUCGCGGCCAUGGCCACAGCCACAGUACACGCCAGAACAGCUGCGCGUGAUUGCCGAGGCACAACGUCGCCGCUCAAUUCCUGUCGUCCCAAUCGCCGGCAGGCCCGCUGAAGUGUUUCGCGACCAGCUGGCCCUUGAGGCCGCUCGCGUCACGCCAGGGGUCGACGAUACCCCUUACAUACAGUACGCCUUGGAAGCCAUGACCCGGGAGCAACAAGGGCAGUCGAACGUGUCAUCUAUGAGCUCUGAGGGCCAGCGACUCGUCCCCGACCAAGGCCUGGGGUACCACCAGCAUCAGAAUGCUCCCAUCACACCACAGCCCGCCUCUUCUCGUCCGCGGAACUUGACAGGGCCCAAUGAGGAACAGAGCGCGCCACUUCUUGCGGCUCCCGACCUCACGCCAGCCUCUCAGCGCUCUUCGAUGUCGACUUUGGUAAGAGGCAACAACACAAACAUGGCGGUCCCACCCGCCCAGUCAGCACCGGAGGCGUGGCGACCGAUUGAGCCAGAGCUGAUGACAGACGGACGAGAGAGGAUCAACCCGAAACUGGUCUUCAAACCCUGCAUUCUACGACCGGCAUCUAUGAUAACGUUGAUGAUCUUGUGUAUCACAGUGAUCGGCGCUCUGGUUUUCUGUGCAAUCUACUCGGUUCGGUGGGCUGGACUUUGGGAGUACUCUGGCUCGAUAUACGAUGGCCGGUACUUUUUGUUCCGCGUAUUCCCGGCGAUGCUAGGCGCCGUCAUCCUUUUCUACGCUCAGGCCACCGCCACCACCAUGAUCCGUAUACGCCCAUAUGCGAGAUUGGCUUCGGCAGAGAAAAAGGGACGCCAGGACGCUAUCUUUGACGAGCUCUACCCCACAUCCUUUCUACGCCCGCAACUGGCAGGUACAUGGGAUAUAUGGGUGCCAAUGCUCAUCACUUGGGUCAUGAACAUCACUCUCCCACUGCAGAGCUGCCUAUUUACCGUCAUUUACGUGGACGGGCAUUGGCGGUGGGCGACAGUUCAGGGUGUUGCCUGGACGCUGGUGGCACUGUACAUACUGCUAGCCGCAGCAAUCGCCAUCGAGCUUACUCAUUGGCUGAAGGGCAAGACUGGAGUGAUGUGGGAUCCCAGAUCGAUCGCGGAUGUCAUGGCCGUUGUCUCUCAAAGUGACACCUUGGCGGAGUACAAGGGCACGGAGACUAUUGGUUCCAGACAUGACCUGAAGCACGUCCUGGUAGACAGGAGGACCGACCUGCUCGCAUACUGGACUUCGGCGGAACACAACAAGCACCACGACUUGUGGUAUGCCUUGGGAUCUGGCAGCUACCAGGAUGCGUGGGGCUCGCCUGCCCUCUUCAGAGAAACAUUUGAAGAGAAGGGCUCGGCUCAGGCACAUGAGAAGCUCACGCCAGGCGAACGCAAAGCUCAGAGGAGAAGUCUGCUAUGGGAGCGCAUCGGCUAUUCUUCUCCAGACUUGCCAACCGUCCGCUAUCGAUACAUACCGCGAUGUCUGAACAGCCUCACGCUCUUUUGCUGCAUCAUCUUUGGCCUGGUGCUCGUCUUGGUUGUCUUCGUGGUUUCUUUCAUACCAAGCACUAGGAUUAUCAACGGGUUCCUUCCCCGUCUCUCAGCGGCUCCUGUAAGAGGCGCAUUCUCAGCAGCAGACUUCCUCUACAGCUUUAUCCCAGCACUGCUGGGUCUCAUACUGUUCAUGUUCUUCCAGGAUAUCGACCUGAAUUUGCGCAUUCUCCAACCAUGGGGCGAACUCAGCGAUCCGCCUUCUGGAGGUGCCCUCCCGGAGGCGUCUAUUCUCGCUGAUUACGCGUCCUGUUACCCAUUUCAGAGCACGUGGCAUGCCCUGCGAAACGGACACUGGCGUCUCGCCUAUAUCUCGCUUUUCUCAACGCUCUUCGUGUUCCUACCAAUCUUUGCGGGAGGCAUGUUCAUGGCCCUCACACCAGAGGACAGCAUCGUGCGCGUCUUUCCACAGAUCCCGCUUUUCGCCCUUACACUGGCCCUCCUCGUCCUUUACUGGCUUGCACUAGUGAUCCUUUACCCAAGAAGGAAGCAGUUCCGCCUGCCUCACAGGGUUACCUGCCUUGCUGAGAUCAUUAGUUACGUGGCAAACGAGGACCUGAUGGGCGACGAGGCAUUCCAGGGUAUGAUCAGGAACAAGACCACACUGGUUGGAAAGCUGGGUGUGGACCGAAGGGACGAGGUGAAGCCACGGUGGGUAUUCAGCAUCGGCGGCGCAGGCGUGAGGGACGACAGGCUUAGUGUGCGGAAGGUCCGCAAAUUUACUGAGCCACGUGGUGCAUCUAGAGGAGAGGGUACGAGGCUGAUGAGUCCUCGUGGCACUGGGGCGCCGAGUCUAGGCACAGGCACACUAAGCAGUAGGAGAGAGGCGAGGAGAGCGGAGAGGGACGUUCGCAUCAGCCCGCAGUACAUGUUUGCGGGUCACAACCAGACGGACGUGUAA